AUGUCGUUGAAAUCAUCGAUAUUCAGCACAACUAACCAAUCAAGUACCGCCCAAACUAAGAAACGAGCAGUAGCUUCAUCCUCAAAUGCAUCGUCGGCCAUAUCUAGGUCAAAAUCCCCCGGGAUCUAUGGUAGAAACUCGAAACCAAAUACUCCGAAACUGUCAUCCUCAUCCUGUUCCACAUCUUUAGCUGACAAUAGUAGUAACAGCCCAGCGCCAACUUCACCCCUUAAUUCUGCUACUACCGAGGUAUCGGCAUGGACCUUAAAUGAUCUUUUAACAUCAUAUGACAAUUACAGUUCUUUACCACCUAUGCUAUCCCCUUCCAUACCGAAUGAAGUGGGAUGGUUCACCAUAGUGAAGCUGGAGGAAGGGGCUCUACCUAGUGCAAAGAAACCCACUACUUCUGCGGUAGAACCUGAUAUUAAUAUAGAAAAGCGACAGGUAGUGGAAAGUCAUGGUAAGAAGGAAAAGGAAAAGGAAAAGGAAAAGGAAAAGGAAAGUGUGUCUUCUCAAAUAUGUAAGCCAAAAGUUAAAAAUACUCCUGUGCCUAGUGAAGGAAAGAAAGAGAGUAGUAUACCUUCAUACAUGCUAUCGCCUACUUUACCAGCAAUAUUCGAUCAAAAAGAUACAAGCAAACCAAGUGCAUCUCGUGCUACUUCUAAAAUUCGAAGCAAGAGUCCCGAAAAAGUAAAACCUUCUAGUCCAAAGAUAAGAAGCAAGAGUAGUGCGGAAAAGCUGUAUACAUCUAUUCCACAACUGCCGGUAGUAACGAUUAUCAAUACCAAAGCCGCCUCGUUUCAAUGGAUAAACAAAUGCUAUAACACUCAGAAACCGAAAUUCCUAGUUCGGGUAAUUGCCAAUAACAAACUCAAGUACAAAAGUCAUUUUAGGAAGUCUCCGAGUCCUUCAAAAUUAAGCGGAUUUGAAAUAAUACGAGAAAUUCAUAAUGGGCUGCCAAAACAACGUGGAAAAUUGACAAAGACAGAGAAAGAAAGGGAAGAGCCGACUAAGAUGCGAAAACAAAGUGAUGACGAUGAGGAGCAAGAGGAACAGCGGAAGGACAAGGAGGAGUCGUCUACAAAGAAGCGAAAGCAAAGUGAGAAAGAAAAUCGGUUGCGACUGGAAGAAGUCGAAAGGAAAACUCAAAAGAUACAAGAAAGAGAUGACCGAAGUGGAGAAAAAACAUCGCUACAAGUCGAAGCGGUUCCUGAUACAUCUUUGAGGGAGUUCUCCCCGGGGGAUAAUAUUAGUAAGGACCUCUCCGACACCAAGUCCAAUGGUCUGACCAAGAGCCUCGAUAUAUCCAAAGAAUUGAAUGAGCUCCAAAUAGAAAGAACAAGGUUUGCAAGGUAUAAACAAGCCAAACUAAAAGAAUUGGAGGAAAUUGAAAAGUCCAACAAAGAAAUGGAACUUCGACUUCAAAAGAAAGAACAAGAAUUGAGAAAUAUGCGCUCUGAUUGGCACGGCGGCGAUGAACAUAGGCGACAGUCACGAAAGUCCGAAUUACCACCAUUUACCAACAAUAUCAUGCACUUGAAUGAUCAAUUUUUGACACCUAAUCUCAACAAGCAUGGUUCAGAAGAACUCAGAAACAUAUUAAGCGAUAAAAAGUCGUUUUGGCUGACACAGGUGAGAAAUGCUCAAUCUUUUUGUGAUGAAUUAACGGACCAGCAUCGCUCUCACCACCUGCGUCAUUCCGAGGGAGAUGAAACUUCAUCAGUAUUACCGGUACUCGUCAAGAUCGAUAUACUCAUAAUGAGAAUAAUUUCAUGUGAUUAUGAUGAGAGAAGCAAGACAGUGGCGCAAGUGCUACCCAGUGAGAGAUUGUGGAUGAGUUUGGAUAAAGAGAUCUCGACAUUUAUUGAUGAUUUGAAAAAACUAAUUGAUGAGACACCGGUCUCAUCACGUAUCAAGUUACAAUUCGUGUUUUUGCAAGUUAUCAAAUGUUUGAUGUUUUUACUAAGAGCAUUGAUAAGUAAACGAGUUAGUGCCAUACUAGAUCAUGUUAUUGAGAGCUACCGUGCAAAAACCAGUGAUCGUAAUCGAAAUGACCAGCUUUUGAACAACAAGAUUAUUGAAUUACAAGUACAGGAGCUAGGCUUGCGUCACAGCGAAUGUGACUUUUUCGCCAAUGCACAACCGGCAUUUUUAUACUCGACAAUUGAAGGGAAGUUUGUUGAGACUUGGAGUAAGAAGAGUUUGGAGUUGAGUGAUCUUCAUCAAAGACAACGACGUGAGUUAAACAAUAAACUUACUAGCUCAUCUUUAAAGCCCCUGGGAACGGGCUCUUUAUCAGCACCAUUUUAUCUACCUAUUGGGUCGUAUUCUAAUUUAAGUGAAGUGACAAAUUUAUUAUAUUUUAUUAGCUGUGAAUUCAUCGAGUGUUGGAAUAAAUCAUCUGCUUCCACCAUACAAUAUACCCUUCAGAGCGGUCCAUUACGAUCUAUAGAAUAG